AUAGAAAACGCCAAAUGAGGAUUGAAAUUUGGUUACGUGUGACAACAUAAAAAUUUGAAUUAUCUGAUCUUACAUUUUUUAUUGUUUAAUGAUUAAUAUACCUAUGUAUGUUUAGGUAAUGUUAAAAGUUACACAUAUCAAGCGACUCGGAUAACGUACUACCGAGCGAGUUUUUAAAUUAAAUCAUCUGUGCAGAUAAUGUCUAACUAUCGUGUUCGUGCUGCUUAUUCUGAUCCUUUAGCGAGUAAUGUGUAUUUUAUUUUAAAUUGCAUUUUUUACAUACUAUUGCGGUUAUCCUUAACGAAAACCACAAAAGAAGGCAUAUACUUACUAAUAAUGGGAAUCUUUGUUUCUUUAGUUAUAUACAACGAAGGACAGUGGCGGCUAAACCAUCUCUCACCUUUGCACAAUUUACAAUACUCUCUAGUAAAAUUAAAACAGUACGCUUCCAAAAUUCGUCAAGUGCUAGUAAGCUCAGUUACAGCAAAAUGCCUGAAAUAUUCGGUAUUAUUUGAAGAACAGCCCUAUCUCAAGUACUGCGAAGAUGAUUCUAAUGGUUUAUUAUUAACUGUAUCAUCAUCUCAAGAACAAAGCAACAAUACUAAAGUAGUAUAUUCAGCUGUUUUCCUAUCAUGGGGUGUAAGCAGUAAAUUAAAGAAUGCUAUACAUUUGCCAUACAUGUUAGAGAAAGGUGAUCAGAAAGUUGGAGGUGCAGUGAAGACUAUAUUACAAAACAUAUUUGAUUGUAUCAUUGAGCAGUUUUGUUUUACUCAGCAUCAGUUACUGCAGUUUGGAUUCAGUUUUGUUGAAAAUGAUACCUCACGAAGUUCGGAUUGUUUCACUUUAACAUAUAAAACUCCUCAAGUAAAACACAAAGAUAAAUUAAAUUUGUCUUUUGACUUGGGAGACCUGCACAUCAUUUGGAAUGGUUUAAAAGAAGAAGAUACAAAAAAGUCAGAAGUGAUAAACCUGGCAUAUCAAAUACUUCAAAAUCAAAUAUUUUAUAUGAUCAGGUUGGAUAUUACAGUUUUUGACUUGUAUAAAGUGACUUUACCAAAGGCAGAAGUUAAAAGCAGUGGAAUUGUUAAAAUGAAAACACCAGAAGUUGUCAACUGUGUAUUUACAGUGCUGAAUGAAAUAACCUCCAUUCCAGAUAACUCUGAUAUCGAAUCCUGUUAAUGACUUUAAAAAUCAAUUUUUAAAUUGAAUUUGAUACAAUUAGGUGGUGAUGACAAACUUCUUUUAAUAAAAACCCAGUUGGUUUUCAACAUUUACUCUCAUGAAUUACACCUUAUAAUGUGUUUGCAUAUUGUAACCUUACAAAAUAUUUUAUGAUAUCAUUACAAUGUGCUAAACUUAAAAGUAAUCUAUUUUGUAAUCACAUCUUUCAUUUUCUUGCAAGCAGUCCUUAUCAUUCCUAGAAAAUUCAAGAUUUUUUGUAGUAUGAUUUUACUUGUGCAACAUUAUAAAUAGGCCAAGAUCUAGAAUUUUAUUUGGCAAUGUUUUUAAAAUAUUAGCAUAUUAGCAAUCAAAUCACAGUUAUAUAAAAGAAUCUGUAUAGAGAACAUAUUCAUUGUAUACAGGAAUUUUUAAAAUUAUAAUAACAUAUUUUUAACAUCUCAAACAAUUGUAGAAAAUUAGAUUUAAAUAUAAUGAUGUUUUGACAAUAAUUAAUUUUAUAUGGUGUUGCAAAAGCCAAUCAUCGAAAAAACAUUAUAUAAAACGAUGUCAAUAUUAUUCGCGUUAAGAACUUAUUGAGCCGAAAUUAGACAUAUCAUUUUCGUUGUUUCAUCUAUGAAAUCUUGAACACGAAGUUUCAUCAUUGCUGAAGCGCCACAUAAAAAAUCGUUUACUAUUCAUCGUGCAUUGACAGUGAAUGAUUUUUUAUGAAACAUCUAAUUUCGGCUUUAUGGUAAGACCAAAUAUCUGGUAACAAAUGGAUUAUAAACUAUAUCAGUCUUAUUAUAAAACAAGGAAAAAAUAGUUUAAAAAUUGAUGAUAGCACGAGAAAAAACUUUAAAUUGAAAGCUUUUGACUUAUUUUGAUCAGAUAAUGGUUUAAACCUGGUAGUAAAAGUUAGUCCUCAUUUUAUAAUAAGACCAUAUACACUGAACCAAAGUAUUAUGCCAAUUUACACGUCUUACAUUUCAUCCAGUGAUAAUAAAAUAAAAACAAUCAUUGGACUACAUAACAUAGAUACACAAUAUUUAAAGGAUUUUUUUAUACUACACUCUUGAAGCUUCAACAAGGGUAAAAGUUGCUUUAAUUCUAGCUAUUUCAAAAACAGGUUAAUAAUAUUGAAAAAAAUCAUCCAUCACCAAUUAAUAGUUUUUCCUGGAAAUGUGUUGGUAAUAUUUU